AUGAUAUUGUCUGCAAUUUGCUAUGUUUGGAACGGAACAGUAGUUUUUGGUUGCGGUACAUUUGUAAAACCUUUGUAUCAAACAUUAGUUCUCGCAGGUUCCAUUAUAGGCGUUGUUGUUUCCCUUGCUUCGAUUGUUCCAAUUGUUUUAGAAAAAUCAUGGCCAAUUACGUUCUUUAUUUUCUUUGGCGGCGUAACAUUUGUUUCUCUUUUACUUUCAGAACUAUUCAUUAAGAGAAGAAUUAGAAAGGAUCUUGCAACUCUUGAUGAAUAUGAAAGCACCGGCAAUUUUGAAAUCAUUGGCUCAAAGAAUAAAUUCAGACAAUCAGUAUGCACAGGAUUCACAUAUGGACAUAAAGUUUGCUUAGACUUUUCAGUCUUUAAAGCAGCCGCUGAAAAGUGGUCGGAUGAUUUAGAUGUUUGGGUUAUUUAUGCAAAAUUUACAGCUUUAUAUCCAGAGAUGUCAAGUACAUUGCAAUUCAUUGGAAACAUUCUGAAGAACAUGGCAAAGAAGAAUCAAGAUGCAGAGUAUUACCUCUCAAAUAUUGGUCAAAUUAUUAAAACAAGAGAAACAAAGUUCACUCCGCAAUUGAAGUCUAAAAUUGCCAAAUUGCAAAAAUUAUUCGAUAAAUUGAAGAAUAGACUGAGAAACAUUUGGGAUUUGGUAUUACAAGGCAACACAACAGAAUUAGAUAGCGUUAUUAGAUCAACAUAUGAAAGCAUUGAAACAUCUGAGCUAGAAAUCAAUGAAUUACUCAUGUUGUAUCCUAAUAACAGAUUUGUUGCGAGACAAUAUGCCAAAUUCCAACCGGAACUUAAAUCAGAUGCUAUCAUGUUCAGAAAAUGGAAUGAAGAUAUCAAGUUGCUACAAAAAGGAAUCCAAAUUCAUCCUGAUACAUUACAUGAACUUGGAUUUAUUGCUUUUGAUAAUAUUCCUGAUCAUUGCAAUGAAUCAAUUUCAACACCAAAAGUUGCAACAACAGGAACUGAACAAAAUACGAUUGGCAUGGAUGAAAUUAAUGCUUAUGAUGAAGACUUGGAUUAUCAGCAAAUUGCAAACAUUAAGUCUAUGAUUGAUAAUAACAAGAUCCCUGCAAUCCAAUACAUGUACAACUCAACAAUUUUUGCCUUUAUUUGCAUUAUUUUCGUUCCUUUCCUUGUAUUAUUAGGAUUCUUCUUUUAUUUAGAUAGUACAAUUACUUAUCCAUUAUCUCUUAUGUAUGGAAUUUCAUAUAUGAGAAACUUAAUCAACAUGUUACCACCAAUGUUAACAAAGUUUUUAAUGAAAAUGAUUGAUGAUCCGAAGAUCCCUGGAACAAAAUGUAUGACAUUGAUUGAAUUGAAUGAUGAUUUCCCAAUGAAUGCCUUUGGUGGAUCAAAAGAUUCUAAAAUGAUCAUUCAAUUUUUAAACAUGCAAGUUGCAGAUGCUAACUCAAUCAUAACUCCAUUAAGAAAUUUCGAAAUUGGCAAUAAAUAUAUGGAGAAAGUAAGGGAUCUCGUUUUUGCACAUUCUCACGAAUUCUACUUCUACAUGAAUAACACAUAUCGUGAGGUAUCAAUUGCAAAUAUUGGACAGAUUGCAUAUAUGGUAACAAACCAUAUUUCCAAAGUAAUUGGUCUCUCUUCUUUUGAUAAUACAGUUCCAAAAGGAUUAGAUACAAUUACAGCAAAGAACAACAACGCUGGAUCAACAGAAUCUCUUACAGAAGCUGUUGAAAACAUUAUUUCCUAUAUGACAGAUGUUUCAACAAGAAAUCAUCGAAUUCUUAUUUAUUUAAGAGUUGCUUUGAUUAUUCUUGUUUUUAUCAUUUACUUGAUCAUUGUUACAACUCAAAUAAGAAAAUUAAGAAAUGAUAAAAUUGUAAUAUAUGGAUUACUUUCAAGCUUACACAAGACAGUCAUUUCAAAUAUUUCCUAUUCAUUCACAAAGUUACAAAGAGAAGCAACAGCAACUACACAAUCAUUAGGAAGUAUCGCUGAGAUUGAACACAACAGACAGGAAGAAAGCAUCAUUAAACUCUUCUCUUCUAUUAAUGAUGAACAAUCAAAAGCAUCAGUUGAAAUGUACAAUUUAUUCAACUUUCUGUUUAUUGCAGUAGCUGGAAUUAUUGGUUUUUAUUUCAUCAUUGAAAGUUACUUGGAUGCUUCAACAGAAGUUGUUAAUAAUUGCUAUCAUAUCGACUAUAUGUAUGGAAGUAUUGCUCAUAUUUACAAGGUAAUGUCAAAUGUUUUUGAUCUUGUUUGGGAACAUUAUGAUAGUUCAUUCCAAAAUAUUUGUGUCAAUGAAACAGUUUCUUUACAAGAAAUCAAUGCAAGUUUACCUAUUGUUGCAAAUUACUUCCAAUUGUUAACUUUAGGCGGUCCAAAUCAGAUUCCAUUUUCAGGAAUGCAAGAAUCUGUUGACGAUGCAUCACAAACCAUCAAAUGCGGAAAUAUCUUAACUCCUCCAAAGAUCAUCCCAACAAGUGCUCAUUGCUUCUCAGCUGGAGGUCAAUUCUACCUCAUGAACAUGUUGAUGAGAAGAUUCUAUGGAAUGAUGACAGCUGAAAAUCCAGUUUAUGCCCUUCCAAAAGGUGAUGGAAUAACAUAUACAUGGCAAAUCGGCGCAAUAGAGUUAUAUGAAGCCUUCUUUUAUAGAACAGGAAUGAAUCUUGUAUCAACAAUUAAGGCAAGUGUUAAUUCAGAGUUCAAACCUUUAACUGAAUAUUGUUUCAUUUUCAUGAUUAUUGCAGCAAUAUUCUCAAUUAAUGUUUUGAGAUUAACAAGAAAAGAAGAAAUUCUACUUAAGUUUACGAUGAACUGCUUAUUGAAGUGCAAUUCACAAAUUUUAUUAUCAAAUUCUCAUAUUAUUGAUGUUUUAGGCGGUAACUACGAGAAUGUUGUUGAUGAAACAAUAGACAGAACACAAUCAUUCCAUAAUGAAGUUGUCAAUAAAUUGGAUGAUAUUAUCAUUGUUUGCAGAGAAGAAAAUAAUAAUGUUAUCAAUGUUAAUACAUCAUUUGAAGAGAUGUUUAGAAUCAAGCAAGAAGAGAUUGAAAACAAAGAUGUUAAGACUUUCUUCAUGGAUGGAAAAUUCACAUCUGAUGAUAAAAUUGAAAAGGUUAUUUUAUCAGGUGGUCGACUUAUUUAUACAAAACCAACAGGAGAAAAGGUUUAUUUAGACUUUUCAUCACAAUAUGUUGCUGGAAGAAGAAUUUAUUCCGGAAUAAAUCAGACACAAAUUGUAAUGCAUGAGAAAUUAAUUGUUGAGGAAAAGAAGAAAUCAGAUGCAAUGUUAGCAAGUAUUUUGCCACCAAUGUUAGUUACUCGUGUUCAAGCAGGAGAAAAGAAUAUCUCUUUCGCUGUUCAAUCAGUUACUGUUUUGUUCUUAGAUGUUGUAGAAUUUACUCCAUGGUGUGGCUCUCAUGAUGCCCAAUAUGUAAUGAGAAUGCUCAAUAUCAUGUACAAAGAAUUUGAUGUAAUUACUAAUGCUCAUUUGAAAAUGACAAAAAUUAAAUGCAUUGGUGAUUGCUAUAUGACAGCUGGAGGUAUCUUUGAUGAAAUAAACCAACCAGCUGUUCAUGCAAAAGAAGUUGUUGACUUCGGUUGCAAAGUCAUCAAGAAACUUGAAGAAAUUGAUGAAAGGGAAAAUGAAAAGCUUAGAAUCAGAGUUGGUAUUAACACUGGCGGUCCAAUUGUUGCUGGUGUUAUUGGAACAGAGAAACCAACUUUUGAAAUCUUAGGUCCGGCUAUUAACAUUGCUCAUGAAAUGGAAAACAAAGGUGUUCCAAUGAAAGUUCAUAUUUCACGUCCUGUCUAUGAACUAGUUUAUGGACAAAACUUUGAAAUCAAAGAAAGAGGUGAAAUUGAUGUCAAAGGAUGUAAGAUGUUUACUUAUUUAGUUGAACCAUAA